CAGGGGCAGACUGACUAUUUCGAAGCUCAGGCACUGCCCGAGGGCCCGGGGUCAGUAGGGGGCCCCAUGAGAUGCCCCCGGUACCUUUUUCAUAGGCUUUUUUGAGUUUGGGCAAGGACACAGGGGCCCCAUGAUCCCCUAUUGCCCGGGGGCCCCAUGAGUUGUCAGUCCACCCCUGCUAUGUGCUGCCUAUUAGUGUCCAUCAUUACCACCUAUCAGUGCCAUCAGUCCUGCAUAUCAGUGCAGCCUCAUCAGUGCCUC